GACGAUCCAAACACAUUCGUAUCUAUAGCGGAGACAAUCCCAUCAAUUCGAAGGGUUACAUUUUUGAACGUGAUUGGCCGAUUUAGUAGAACAGGAACUGGCUUCGAACUGGCUGCUGAAUCAUCUCAUCAGCUGAGCUGGACUCAUUUCAAAUGGAGUAGAUACACCGUUUCUUUCCCUAUGCCCCUUCUACAUCGCCUUCUAAAUAUUACUAGUCUUUAUUUGGGUGGAAACCUCUCCGUUAUCAAAACACUUGUUUCAAUCAUCCACCAAUUUCCAAAUCUGCUCUCAUUUGAGACCUUUGUCUCUCUUAAUCAUGGAGAUGACCUUUUAUCACCGCCGAUGCUCCUUUCUAACCGCGGAGUCCGUACACUGAAGAUGCUUAUCUCGCCUCCAGAUAAUUACGACUUACUAGACAAUCCCAAGGAAAGAGAGCUCCUGCUGAUAGAGUGCCACAGGAUUCCAGAAAUGCUGCUCCAUGCGAUGCCAAAUGCUGAUUAUCUCAAGCUAUCCAUUAUAGGGGGACAAUCCUCAUUCCCUUUCUUCUCUCUGAGAGAAUCUUUUAUUGGGAAUGAAAUGUUUAUCUACUUUUCCGAAUGCAUGGCUCUAGUGUCAGAAGACAUGCAGAUACCCUCGUCUGUGGAGACUUUAUUUAUAGAUUGUAACUGGAGUGCCCUGUGUUCUCUCUCCUCCGGCACAUUGAAACACCUAGAUCUUCUUCAAGAUUUUGGCGAGGACCCUGCUGAUGAAUAUUUGGAAGAUGUUUGCUCUCCUAUAGCCCCUCUAGAGCGACAAAUAGAUUUAAGGUCCUGGCCCUCUCUAGAGACAAUAUGUCUUUACAAGAACUGGGUACGAUGGGACCAAGCUUCACUCAAUUCCUUGAGAACAGUCACAAUUUGGGAGUCCGAUUAUUACAAAGUAGUUGAUAAUGUGACAUAUUUCCUCAAAGAAAUUGCAUGUCGACCCGAGUCAUACCCCUCUAUGGAGGAGAUUCAUUUGGGAGCAUGUCCUGAGUGGGAUAUUCUAUUAAUCAUGCUUGAACGCCGGAAUCUCUUUUCAAGCUCUCAGGUCAGGAGAAUAAAGAAGCUUGGUAUAUCAUCCCGUAUACCUCGCAAUAUCCAUCUGAUUCUAGCAGAGCUGUUGCGCUUAAGGGUGGAUAUCGAAUCUCUAGACAAUUCUAACAAAACUCGUGUAGAACGGGCUGCUAUAUGUGCCAUCGAGCACUGCGCCCAUCACGACGAGGUAUUGAUAGGGGAAUUACACGAGUACCCGGACAACGAUGACGAUGCUCUUGGUAGUUGGUGCAUAAGAGCAAAGUUAUGGGAUCAAUGGAAUGGCGGUAGAAGCUGGAGAGAACUUUGCUGUCAAGACCAGAAGGCUAGUUCUAUAAUUCUCAUUGAUGCAGACUCGUAUCCAUAA